UUAAUAUAGUCAAAGAACAAAAAUAGAAAGAAAAGAUGGAGAACAUUUAGUCAAUUUUCGAGACGAACUAAUACCAAGAAGGCCAGACGAUCUCGGUGUAAUAACGCAGACAGAAUGUUUGAUAAUUUUAGAGAUCGUUUGCAAACAGUACAACAUGAUCUGACCCAAGGCUGGAAAUCAAUCGCAGAUAAGGCCAAAGCUGUCAAUAAGAAAAUAGUAAGAAGAACGACAUUCAUCACAGAUGAAGUAAUUGAAAGUGAUGACCAGUGCUUUAGUUGUAACCUUGAGGCAGGUUCUGAAAUCCUAAGCAAGUUCCAAAAAGAAUGGGCAGAGCUUCAUGAAGCAUCUAGAGAAUGUGCAGAAAAAGCAGAGAGGGCUGAUCAGAGUAUCGCUGAAUUUUCCAAGAUAUGCUCCAAUUUAUACACCAACAUGAAUAUGUUCCACACAGAACUGGCUUUACUACCUGAAGUGAUAAAGAACAUUGAAACAGCCAAGGCAGAUAUAGAUGCCUUUGGUGGACAGAUAGAAGUGUUGGAUAACUUGAUGAUAGACUUGGAAGAGGUUUGUGAACAGCUGGACCUAGAGAGACGGAAAGCUGCGCAAGGACUCAAGCUUUCCAAGCUAAGACAUAACAGAGAGGAUGAUUUGGAAACUCUUAGAGAGGAGCUUCAAUUAGCCAAGGAAAGGAAUGAAGUUAAAAUACAGCAACUGGAGAGGCAAGCUUCCAUAGAAAAACGACAAGUCUAUGAAGAUGCCUUUCUUGAACAAAUGAACUACUACAUACAGCAUGGCAGAACAGAAGAACCAAUCUGUUUGGUGCAUGGUCAGGGUAGUGGAUCUCUGGAUGAUAUCAUGUUGGAAGACAACAGUGAUAUGGAUAAGGAACUUGAUGAUUUCUUUGGCUCAGAAGCGGAGACAAGUGAUGUACCUGGAGGUAUGGACAAAGACCAAACAUUUGUUGGACUGUCUUCCAAGGAUGAAGAACUGCUUAAUCAGAAGUUACCUGGAGUCAGUGCCACCUCAAGAACUGAACAAGAAGCAGAGAAAAAGGAAAGUGAAGAGGAUAGUAAGCAACCUUAAAGGAGCACUGGGUGAGCCAUUCAUGAUUUAAACUUUGAUAACAGCAGGUGGAAUAAAAGCAUCCUUGAAAAGUCAACCCAAUGAUUUAAGGCAGUUUAUGAACUAUAGAUGUUUUGAAAAUGUAAACAAUAAAAUUGUUGGGGAAUGUUGUUGUUACCAGAGUUUGCAAGUACAAGUACAGUCAAACUUUGAUUAUCUAGACCUCAUUUAUUGGAAUUUUUUGGUUAUCUUAAGUUGCAUCUCUGGUCCUUUUAUCUACAAACAUUUAUAUUCAUAUUUUCAAUUAUUUGGACUAUUGAGCCCAGUUCCCCAUGAGUCUGGAUAAUCAAGGUUCAACUGUACCCUGUAAAAUAAUUAUUUUAUGACACUGUGUUUGAAAAUGGAACUGUAGACUAUGUUUUGUAGGAAGUAAUUUGAAUAAAAUUAUCAAAAGAUAAAUAUUUUCUGACUUUAUGAGCUAGGGUUAAAAUGAUAUGCUUAAAGGUUUGUGUGAUAGUCAUGUAAAAUACAGAGUAAAAGAACAAAAAUAUAUCCUGGUUUACUUUAGGUAUGGGGAAACUUACAGCAGGCAUGAUAUAACUUAUUUAAUUCCUUAUCAGUACAUACAGCACUUUUUGAUUGAGUGUCUUUAAAACAAAAUCAAAGUAAUCACAAAAGCCCAUUGGAAGAAAAACAUCACGUGGGACUAAUGAGAAUUUAAAUUAAAACAGAUAAACUGUCUUAUGGGCAAGAAAAUACAAGUGAACAAGUGAGAUUUUGUUUAAGAGCAGUUUUCAGUUGUUUAAAAAAAAACCAUAGUAAUCACAACAACCAAUUGGAGUCAGUUAAGAUUGACAUCAUCAUUAAAUGAGAGCUUGAAGUAAAAACAGCAAACUGCAUGAAAUAAGGGAAAUUGUAGGCAACCAUAUCAUGAGUAGUUUUAAUUUUUUGAGUCUGAUUGGUUUAAAAGUUGUCAGAAGUUUUCUGAUCCAAUCAAAGAGCAAAGUUAAGCAAAACCAAAGUAAUCAUGAAUUACUUUUGACAGUUAAUUGAAAACUACUCAGACCAAAGUGUAGCAAAACUAAGGCAACACCACUAGUUUCAUUACUCAAUUGAAAACUGCUUUAAGAGACAAGGAUAGUUUGUAUGCAGUUUACUUCAUAUGUUGCACUCAUUGGUGGAACCUUUGCAAAAUUAUAACUAAUAAUAAUAUUUUUGAAAUGUUUUGUGAAUAUUGAAUGAAACAAACGCGCAAGAAUUGAAAAUAGUGCUCUCAAGCAGGGCUGGUUUUGAUAGCUUUAAAUCUAAUUCUGUUCAGGGCCUCUUUUAGUCUUAGGAGAAGAGGAAAUAAAGUUUAUCAUGAAAAGCCA